AAAGAAAGGCUGCUUCAAGAUUUUUGGUGUCUUCAUGCGAUUGAAGAAAAGAACUCGCGAGACUGGAUACGAAGUUGAUGGAGAAAUCGGAGAAGAUCAACAGGAUGUGUUGCUUUCUGACGAUGGAUUUCCCUCUGUGGUGGAGGAAUUUGUUGACUCAGAGGAAGUUAAACAACGCGGAAGCACAGAGAAGGAGAGCCUUGAAGUUACCAUGCAAAAAAUUGCGAAGGAGCCCGAUUUCGAGCUGAGUGACGAUGAAGAUGAAGAUCCUGGAGAAUGUUUGGACUUUCUACGCUGGUGCAAUGAAAUUCCACUGACUAUUGGCAAAGCUGAUAUUCCGUUCGUGUCUGUUUCAUGCACACCGUGGUGGAGAGACGACAGUGUUGUCUUUGGAUUGCAGCCUAAACUUGCAAAUGAGCUUCAAGGUUAUUACAAAGAUGAUGAUGUUGUUUCGUUUGAUGAUGAAGUUGACGAGGAGUUAGAAAAGAUCUUUGCAUGUGACAUGAAUAAGCUUCAAAUUGAAAGAUUGGUGGAUGGAGGGCUGAAUUUGAUGAGCUGCUGAAUGCAACUCAUCGAAUUCAUCACAUAAAAAACAAAAUCGUAUAUUUAUUUAUUUAUUUUUCAACCCCGGGUACACUGCAUACACAAACUCAUACAUUUGAUUGGUUCAUGAUUGGUGAUAGUAGACAGAACAUCUGGUGGAAACUUGGACGGAAGAAAAACAUACCUAGAAAAGUUUGGUUUGUUUAUUCGAAAUUUUCUCGAAGAUGGAAUACAAUGAAAACUGUUAAAUUUGUGGUUGAGUUCGAUUUCAAUCUGUUAUCGAUUUGCAGUUAGAAUUAAUAUUUCAAAUUCGAUACACUUCAGUUGAUGCCUUAUGACGUAUUUCUUCAUCGAUAGCUCAGAUGGUAGAGCAGGACAGUUAACAAGUCUAUGCGUGGGUUCGAAUCCCACUCGAAGUAGUAAUACAUCUUUUAUGAAGCUGAAGAACCUUUGAUAAACAAUGACAAAACAAAUCUUUGUGUUAUGCUUCCUUGGAAACAAGAAGAAAAAAAGCCAAACCAAACUUGAUCUUGUUUUUUUUGUUUGUUUUUUCUGAACGUUUAAAAAUUAACCACUAAUUUUUCCACUAAUUCUCCUAACUCCCUCGCCCUCCUAAUUUUUCGCCAGGUCAACACAUAAUUCAUCUGAUCUACUAAGAAACAGUUCGAUAUUACUAAAACAAGUUCUUGCUAUUGGAGCACUCAGCCCGUAAUAAAAAUAUAUUAUUAACGCAUGUAUAUAUAAACGC